AUGUCGAGCUCCUCCGCAAAAGUGCUCUAUCGCGAGCAGCUAGUGGCUCUCUACGCGAAACACGACCCGGCCAAACUAGUGAACAUCGACGACCUGCUCCAGCGAUUUGCCGGACACGAGGAGGCGCUUGUGCGAACUGUGGAGCGCAAGUACGCGCAGAGCACGCAGCAGGCGGUGCCGUCGAGCUCACCUCCUCACCGUGGGCUGUCGCCAAACGCACCCAACUUGCACGAGCGAAUCGCCGAAGUGGCGCCUUCUCCCGAGCACUCCACCGCAGCAGAAAACGCAAGCUACUCCACCAGUCAGCUGGCAGCGGCAACUGAGGCGUCGUCUCUGCCAAGUGGAGCCACAACAGAGAACAAAAGAGCAGCUGCAGGUAUGGGCAGUUAUCGUGCGCGCCUCACACGUCUCUUCGAGGCGCACGCCCCUGUGCGAGUGAGCCGCGUCGAUCACGAGCUGGAGAAGUACAAAGGCCGAGAGGAAGAACUUCUUAAAGCAGCCGUGGCCCGCUUCGGACCUGAGCCGCCCGCUCCGCCCGCCCCCGUCACCAUCUCUGCUGUCCCCCCCAACGAGACGAGCGACGUCAGCAUCGCCAACGCCGUCUCUCCCAACUGCAGUGCGGUUCUCGCCGCACCUUCGCGUGAUUAUCGAAGUCGUGCCGUCGAGCUUUACCUGCGCUACGACCCCUCCAAGGCUCACAAGGUUGACGCGCAGCUCUCCAAGUUUAGCGGGCGUGAGGAGGCGUAUCUCCGCGCUCUCGAGAAGAAACUUCAGGAGAACUCCACUGCAGGCGACAACAAGAAAAACAGCGCGGCCUCGACUGGGAACGCGUCUGCCCCGCCAUCGACAACGCCAGCGGCACUCAGAGCUGCGACUCCCGACAGCGAGGACACUUACAAGCAGCGCCUGACGCGCCUCUACGCGCUGUACGCACCUGCGAAGGUGCACCACACCACCCGGCAACUGCAGCGCUACCCUGGCAGGGAAGAGGAGGUCAUUCAGGCAGCGGUGGCGAAGUACGGACCAGAGCCAACGCCUGAUGGCGACGGGCCCGGAGGAGCGCCACUUGAGCGUCCCUCCGCCGAUGGGGAAAGCCCCGCGACGACAAAAGCGGUAGGGGGCGACGGUCUUGUGGGGGAGGUGGCGAAAGUAACGGGCUUGACGGCGGAGGCGGGCGAUGCGGAGAGGAAAGACAAGACGAUGGAGGUUGCUGCUGAAACGAGGGCACGCGAGGAGGAAGCCGCUGCUGCCGCUGCGGAAGCGAGGACACGUGAGGAAGAAGCCACCGCCGCUGCCGCUGCUGAAGCGAGGGCACACCAAGAGGAAGCCGCUGCUGCCGCUGCGGAAGCGAGGACACGUGAGGAAGAAUCCGCCGCCGCCGCUGCUGCUGAAGCGAGGGCACAUCAAGAGGAAGCCGCUGCUGCCGCUGCGGAAGCGAGGGCACGUGAGGAGGAAGUCGCUGUAGACGCAGAGCCGCACUCGAUAGCACUUACCCUCUUCCCCUCCACGGCUCAACCAAGCGCUUCAACGCCCUCUGGAAAAGUGGCGGCCCCUCCAUCGUCCCUCGUAGCCCAACCCGACGAACCGCCGCUCGAUGCCGCUACCGCCGUGCUCAAGUGCGUGAGCCGAACCCCAUUGUUUGGCGUUACCCUGUACGACUUCUUCCGAGUGCUGGGAACUGUCACCGUGUCUGCGAAAGAGGUGGUCACCAUGCGCGUUGCCACCACGCUGCUGCGUGCGAUUGAUCCCGACCCAUCUCGCCUCAUCGCAUCACGCGACCGCGACACACCGUCAGCCGGCGCCGAAGAGUUUGUCUCGGAAGUGGAACUGCGCGACUGCGUUCUGCAGUUUUGCGUUGGUGAAACGGAGAAGGGCGUGCAGAAGCGGCAGCGUGCCGUGCAGUCCGUCCAUGGCGCCAUCCAACGCAUGUCUGACUUCGUCAAGACGUGUCGCCGGGCGGUGCUACAACAGCAGCGUCAACCCGCGCCGCUGUCUGCCGGCUUUUGGGUUCAUCGCGCGGUCCAACCACGAGUGAUGCCGCGGUGGGAUCGUUGCUGGGCCAAGACGUCUGCGGAGGGGGACACGCUCUGCAUCUGCGUCCCUGGAUCGGCCAAGCCGCAGAUGCGCAUUCCCUUCUCACGGGUGGUGCAGUGUUUCCGCGACGGCCACGCCGCGGGGGCCCCACCUGCUUACGCGCGCAACGGGCUCGUGUUUCAGCUCACCACCGGCAAUCCGCCGCUGCAGGUGGUUGUUUGCCCGGAAGGAUCGGACGUAGGCGACAGAUUGCUGGCGGGCGUACGUGCGUGGAGCGGUGCGCAGAGCCCGUCGAGGCGUGGGAGUGAUGCAGACCUGCCGACCGUGCUCUCUGCGACUUCGCCGUCAAAGCUGCACUCCCGUGUAACGGAUGCCGCCUCCUCUUCUUCACGAGUCAGCCAGACAAUGCGUGUGUGGUCUGUCGCGAAGGGCACCUCCACGUACGAGCGACAGAGUUGGGAGGUGACGGACGACUCGCUGCGUAUGACUUCGCUGCCAAGCCAGCAAGUGACGACGUGUGCGACAGCAGAAAUCACGACAAUCAUGGCGGAGACGGAGCCGCCGGUGCCGCUGCCUGUGCGGACUGCAUGCGGUUUUAUGCUCUGUCUGCGCAGCGGCUCCUCCAUUAUGGCUUUCACGGAGCACCCGCAGGAGCGAGCACGCGUGCUGGAGCGCCUUUCCCAAAGCCGACUGCUCCUGCAGUUCGAUGCCGCGUCGUAG